GUAGUUGGCAACGCGGUGCUUGUAUAUUCCGGCAGAAUUUUGUGUGGUUCCACUAUUUCCCUUUAAAACUCUACCAUUAUUUUUCGAUUUUUGCCCAGCGGUUCAGACGCAAUUAGAGAAACCAAUCAUCAACCAUGAGCUCCAGCAAGAUUGCUCUUCUCAGUGUGUCGGACAAGACGGGCCUGCUCGACUUGGGCAAGAGUUUGGUGGCACUGGGCUUUGACCUGGUUGCCAGUGGAGGCACUGCAACUAGCUUGCGUGGCGCUGGCCUGAAGGUGAGGGAUGUCUCGGAGAUUACAGGAGCACCUGAGAUGCUCGGUGGACGUGUGAAGACGCUGCACCCGGCUGUGCAUGCUGGAAUCCUUUCCCGCACCACCGACUCUGAUCUGGCUGACAUGCGCAAGCAGGGCUUCGAUCUUAUCCAGCUGGUGGUCUGCAAUCUGUACCCCUUCGCCAGCACCGUAGCGAAGCCUGAUGUUACGCUGGCCGAUGCCGUGGAGAACAUCGAUAUUGGAGGCGUUACUCUGCUCCGGGCGGCUGCUAAGAAUCACCAGCGAGUCACAGUUGUCUGCGAAGCAGUGGAUUAUGAUCGUGUCCUGUCGGAGUUGAAGGCUUCGGGGAAUACCACCGUGGAGACGCGUCAGGCUCUGGCUCUCAAGGCAUUCACGCACACCGCCACCUACGAUGAUGCCAUCUCAGAUUACUUCAGGAAACAGUAUGGAUCUGGGGUGUCCCAGCUACCGUUGCGCUAUGGCAUGAAUCCCCACCAGAAGCCGGCUCAGCUCUACACGCAGCUGGCCAAGCUUCCACUGACGGUCCUCAAUGCCUCGCCGGGAUUUAUCAACCUGUGCGACGCCCUCAACGGUUGGCAGUUGGUUAGGGAACUGAAGAAGGCUCUGCAGCUGCCGGCGGCCACCAGCUUUAAGCACGUUUCUCCAGCGGGUGCGGCUGUUGGAGUGCCUCUAAAUCCGGCACAGGCCAAGCUGUGCAUGGUGGAUGAUCUGUACGAGCAGUUGACACCUCUGGCAACGGCCUAUGCUCGUGCCCGUGGAGCCGACCGCAUGAGCUCCUUCGGCGACUUUGUGGCCCUCUCUGAUGUGUGCGAUGUUGUGACGGCCAGGAUAAUCUCGCGAGAGGUGUCCGAUGGUAUUAUUGCCGCGGGUUAUGAGCCCGAAGCUCUGGAGAUCCUGAAGAAAAAGAAGAAUGGCGGCUACUGUAUACUGCAGAUGGACCCCAACUACGAACCCUCCGCGGUGGAGCGCAAGACUAUUUUUGGUCUGACGCUGGAGCAGAAGCGCAACGAUGCUGUCAUCGACGCCUCGCUCUUUUCCAAUGUGGUGAGCAAGCGUGGUCCUCUGCCCGAGGUGGCUGUGCGGGAUCUGAUCGUGGCCACCAUUGCCUUGAAGUACACUCAGAGCAACUCCGUGUGCUACGCCCGCGAUGGCCAGGUCGUGGGCAUCGGUGCCGGCCAGCAGUCGAGGAUUCACUGCACCCGCUUGGCGGGCGAGAAGGCGGACAACUGGUGGCUGCGUCAGCAUCCCAGCGUGGCCGGCAUGAAGUUCAAGGCUGGUGUGAAGCGGGCGGAGAUCUCUAAUGCAAUCGACAAUUACGUAAACGGAACUGUGGGCAAGGACAUGCCUUUGUCGCAGUUCGAGGGAAUGUUCGAUAAGGCACCAGCCCAACUGACCAGUGAGCAAAAAGUGGAAUGGUUAAAGCAGCUGAGUGGCGUGGCCUUGGGAUCCGAUGCCUUCUUCCCCUUCCGUGAUAAUAUCGAUCGCGCUAGCCUGAGCGGCGUCUCCUACAUAGCCAGUCCCGCAGGAUCCACCAAUGAUGCUGGUGUCAUUGCCGCCUGCGAUGAGCACGGUAUCAUCAUGGCCCAUACCAAUCUGCGAUUGUUCCACCAUUAGGUUCAACACACUCUUGAGUAUACGAUUCAUUCCCAGUUUUUAAGCUCUUUCUUUGAUUUCCAUAAAGUUCAACUUUAAAUCCCAACUUCUCAAGUCGAAUACAUAAGAGAAUUGUAAAUAAUUCUCAAUUCAGUUAAUUUGAUUUACGUUCUAAACUGAAAUCUAUAACCUACGUAGAAAGGCAUUUUUAAAUAUGUAGCAAAAUUACAUAUCUGAAAUAAUUGUAGUUGUAUUUGAAAUAUUUUUGAUAACAUUUGUAGCGUUUUAAGUAUUUUUAUAGAAACACCCUGUUAAUCAAACCCCAUCAAACUGCCUUAUGACCAUUCCAAGCUCAAUAAAACCACUUGCCUUUAGUUAGUUAAACG